AAAUCAAACGUUUGGAAAAUAAAAUUGAAAGUUACAAAGUUGCUAGUAAAGCGAUUAAUGGCAGCACUGAGAUUCAAAAUAAAAUCUCAAAUCCAAAUUAUAACUUCCAACAAGGAUUCAACGCUGAAACAUUGAAUCAUUGCUUGCUUUUGAAGCAUAAAUGCCUGGUUGAUGAAGUAAAAGAAUAUAACAAAAAUAAUGAUGAUACAAUUUUCAAAGUU